GUAAACCAUAUUAAAACAUAGUAAAUACAUAGUAAAAUAACUUAAGAAUCACAUACAGUACAUGGACACACACAGAUACGUGUGCAAAAUUGAGAGUCAAAUUUCAGACCAAUGAGAGCACUUUUCAAUCGCGUGUUUUCCUCAAAGGCUGUGAUCACAUCUGAGACAUCUUGUAACCCGGCCGGUGCAGAAACAUGUGCCAAUGAAUGUGGAAGAAUUCGUCUAUUCAGAGAUUCAUUUAAAGACUUAAGCUGGUCUUAAGCUGGACUGAUUGCAAGCCUAUACAACUGAGAUGGAAAGCAGAUGUCUGUUUCAAACUGCUUUCGUUUUAUUGUCGCUCAGUCUCUUAGCAGCACAAGACGUGACCGGAUCAAAUCUUUCCUGUUUCAGAUUGAAUCCUGCUGACGGACAGACGAGCAUUACCUUUCUGCACCGAGACACAGCCGGUGUACGCUCCUUGUAUCUCACUGUUUGGUCCGAACAUAUGAGACUGGUAGAAUGUCACAUAUUUUCCAGUAUACAUGCUACGGAAGGUUAUCACGCUUUCUGCAACAAAAAAAACUGGGACCAAGAAGUUCCCCAUAAGUUUAAUAUCAGCAUGGUGCUGACUGCUCCGUGCGCGCCUGUUCCUUCUGGCGCGCCAGAGUUUACCAGGCACACAACUGAAGACGGGACAGACAGAAAAGUUCGGAGGAAACGUUCCUGGAUAUUGCCAGGCACCUUGUGGUGCGGCAGUGGAAGCAGAGCGGUUGGAUAUGAGCAAUUAGGCAUGUUUGAGGGUGCAGAUAAAUGUUGCCGUGAGCACGACCACUGUCUGCACAUCAUCCCAACGUUCACUGUGAAUUACGGUGUCUUCAACCCCAACUUCUUCACUGUUUCACACUGCGACUGUGACCAAAGGUUUCGACAGUGCCUUCUGGGCAUGAAUGAUAGCAUUUCUCAUAUGGUGGGGUACAGCUUCUUCAACAUUCUACAGGUUCCGUGUUUUGAGCUAAAACAGAUGAAGCGGUGCACAGAGAUGUACUGGUGGGGAAUGUGCAAAAGAGCCAAAGAGGCCCCAUAUGCUGUCUUCAAAAAGCCCCUGCCUUACAACAGCUCGGAUGACACAAGCAAAUAUGUAAACAUUGGCAGUAACAAUUUAACAAGCAGUGAAAGGCAAAAUUCAACAGAAAGCCUCAUUGUCAAGUUUCUCAGGAAGUCAUCCAAAACCGAACGUGGAUGUGGACUGAGAGAUCCCCCCAGAGGAGAUACUUUCCACCGCAGAAGAACAAAGGGGAAAGGAUGUAAAAGGCACCAAAAAUUGUCAGGAGUAUUACCUUCACAAGUUCCCACAGUAUUAAGGGUACACACAUCAACGAUGUCCAUAAAAAUGGGUCCUGCUAAAAGUAGCUCACUAAUCUCAAAUAAUAAAAGAGCUGGGAAAAUGAAUUUCAGAAAGAGCUCAUCGCGCUUUGAACAGACAGGCCAUAUCCCUGCAAAAGUGCCCACAAUCACUGACCAAAAAAUGCCAUCUGCAACACCCUUAAGUAUAACACUGUUAACACAGAGACUGACACUUCAGCUGAAGCCAACACCAGCAAUUGUAGGAUGGAACAAAACCUUCACAAGCCACCAAAAAGUCACAGAUCCAUCCUUCCUGCCUGUAAGAGGUAACACCUCUCAUUUACACUGUAAAAGCAGCCUGAAGCCAGAAACAGCAUCUAACAGAACAACUGCUACACUGGCAAAAACAAUCAAAGAGAAUCAACAAUCAUCACAUGAGAGCCAACAUCUCAAAAAGACAACAGUAACACCCAACCAGGACACUUCAUUAACUUUACAGAGCACAGUUACCCUUGCAACACCGGUCACAACAAAACUAAGGGCAAUGGUUUCUCUUGAUAAAGAUGACAAGUCACAGAACUGGGUGGAUUUCUAUCCCCUGUGGAACAAUACAAGCCAGAAGCUGUUAGUUAGUACCGUAGUCCACAACUUCCAUGCAGAGAAAAGCCUAACACAAAACGGUGCACUCCGUAAUAUGACAGAUACUCAGUUCCAGUGUCACAGUCUGAAACAUCUGGAUGACUGUAAAUUCAAAAUUCCUCCUCUAGAGAAGAAAUAUAACCUACAGAACAUGGAGUCCAAGGCCACCUACCAUUGUGAUUGUACUAGCCGCUUGGCUGUUGAGAUUGAAAGCUUCAAGCAACCCAGCAUCCUCCCUAGUCUACUGGUGGAGUUUGUCUCUCAGCAGUGCUUUACUCUGCCAAAGAAGAAAAACUGCCGCCACAAAAAGAGAUGUUUUCAUGGAUUCAGUAAAGCCUCUGACCUACAUACAGCACUUAAGAAGAUAGAAGAAAAAAAUGCUGCUGGGAUGGGAAUUUUAUCAAGUGACAAAAAAAGACGGGUUCCUGUUCGUCUUUAUAAGCGAUGCUUGAGGCUAGAGAAGAAAGCUGAUAUUAUGGCAAAGCUCAAAUGAUGGAAGAAGCUGCUAUGUGCAGCAACAAAAAUAUUUGAAAACUUGCUAACAAAAUCAGAUUGUGUGAUGAAAACAAAUGUAAUAUAAACUUUUAUUUUGUGUCUGCCUGAUGCAGUUGGUUUUAAUUUGAUUUUAUUUAAAAUUAUGUGCAAAGGUCAUUUUCACAAAUUAUUAAAAAG